ACUAUGCAAAAAAUUGUUCAUUAAUAACUCUCUAUUUACAACAAAGCUUAUUUUUUCUAACCUAUACGCUACAAAAACAUGCUGCUAACCUGGUUUCUUCAAGAGUAUACAACUUAGUUCUCCUCAUUUCUUCUAUUUCUUCAGCCAUUGAUUCCAAAUGACGCUGUACUAGCUCUGCCAUUGUGCCUUUUUCAAAAUUAUUCAAAAAAAUUAAAAAAUAGUUCAAUCACACAACUAACCCCACUUUUAGGGAUUUUUAAUUGUGUUGGCAACCCGUUAUGCAAGAUGCACGUCUUUCUAUAGGUUAGGUUUGACGGUUUUGUCAAUGGAAAAGUUUUUUGUGUUCAAAUUUGAAAAAUAAUUACCACCAUUUAAAUUAGACGAAAAACAUUAUUGUUCCUCCACGACGUAAAAAACCCUUUAUUAUUAUACAAAAAAUAAACGUAUUAUGUAACACCCGACAUGAAACGAAGUAUUACUCUCCAAUUACUUUUGGACAAGUGGCCAGGGAAAAAGUAUUUGGGGGUUUACAGGUUUCUACCGCUAUUUUUUGUCCUAGGAGCCGCAUUAGAGUUUUCCAUGAUCAACUGGCAAGUGGGUGAAACAAAUUUCUAUAAGGUGUAUAAGAGGCGACAAGCGAAAAUUCUUGCAGAAGAAGCCCCCCAAUAGUAAGAUGCCAGCAGGAGUGUCAUGGCCUAGGUACCUCUCCUUCCUGGGAGCAGCCACCCUCACCAUGUUCGCGGGGGCCCAAACUGUUCAUUAUUAUUACAAACCCUUAAGCGACUUAGACAAAUACGUUGAGGAAGAAAUGAAACAGCGACACAAAUAGUUACAUACUUUAUUUUAUAAAAUGUAAAAAAUCGUUAUUACAUUGUUUAGGAUUGAA